GUAAGCUCUUCAGCCAUGAGCUGAAAUCCAGUUCCUAUGAGACCAGCAGCGGAAGCCGGGCCAGCGAGCACAGUGACAUCAUCAGAGAGAUAGGUGAAGGGUCGGAGAUUAAACAGUACUUGUCCCCUAACCUGUCAGAUGAUGAUGAAGAAGCAAGUAAUGAGAGCAUAGACACUAUGAUGGACACCGAAUCACAGAUGUCAUAUGUCCAACAAAUGGCUGGUGGUGAAAACUGGUUACUCCACAAAAAGAAGAAGAUUGAGCUGGCACCUCACAGAGCUUGGAAGAAGUACUGGGUGUGUCUCAAAGGGACAACACUGUUGUUUUUUGAUUGUGAUGAUGAAAGUACUGUCACAGCACACACAGUACCCAGACAUAUACUUGUAAUUGAAGGAGCCAUAAGUCAGGCAGUGCCAGAGCAUCCAAAGAGAGAGAACAUAUUUUCCUUGAGUACUGCAUGUGGAGAUGCUUACCUUUUCCAGGCUUCUUCCCAAAAUGACCUUGAGAACUGGAUACGAGCAAUUCAUUCAGCAUGUGCAUCAUCUUAUGCACGCCAGCAUGGCAAGGACAACACUUUAAAACUUCUGUGUUCUGAGCUGCAGAAAUUGGAAGCAAGCAUAGACAUGGAUGGCAAGAUGCGUAAAAUGGCAGAGCUACAGAUGUCGGUGGUUACUGAUCCCAAAAGUAAACAAGCUAUCCAGAAACAGAUUGCUCAGUGGGAAGAAAACCUAGAAAAGUUGUAUAUUGACCAGUAUCGGUUUCGGUGUUACUCUGCAUCAUUGCAAGGAUCAGAAUUACCAAAUCCAAAGGUCCUGCUAGCAAACGCUUCUAAGAUAUCAAAGACAACUCUGGCUCGUCUUGGUAUAUUUACUGUGACUUCAUUCCAUGCAUUAGUCAGUGCCAGAAAGCCCUUAGUUCUACCGAAUAUAUAUGGUCGGACAAGUCACAAAGGUGGGAUGUUAUCACCAAGGUCAGAGAUUACGCAGAAACCUAGAUCUCAGACUCCUACAGCUUUAGUCAGUUCAAGCAUCAGCUCUGAUGGCCUGCAGAGAGGUCUUCACAGUCACUCAGAUUCUGUUGAUAAUCUUCUUGAAAAAACAGGAGCAAAUAUGAAUCAUGGACAAGAAAGUCUGUCUAAAGUCACCUUACCAAAUAACCAGUGUUACAACUUUCAGACCAUGUUGAUUGGCGUGGACAGGGGAACAAGUGUGCAAGAUCUUCUGGAAAUGACAUGCAGUAAAAGACAUCUCAACCCUAGAGAUCACUAUGUCCGAAUAAAACCGUUAGGGUCAACAGAUAAUACCUUUGUGAUUCCAGACAAACAUGAGAAUAUUAAAAAACUGCGGUAUGAUGCUAUUGAAGUUUGCCAGAAGUGUAUCUUUCAAAUGGAACUGACAAAGCCAACCAAAGAUGGCAUGUUUGGGUUUGCAGUGGAAGCUGAGCUGGCAGAGGAUUAUGAUCGGGACGAUGAGCUUCGAGUAUUUGUGUGUGAUGUGACCAAAGAUGGUGUAGCUGACAAGAGAGGUUUGAUUGUUGGAGAUGAAAUCAUGGUUAUUAAUGGCAAGAUUGUCUCAGAGCUGGACAUGGUUUAUAUUGAGACCCUACUACAUGAAUCCAGGACAUUGUUUUUGACUGUACGAAGUAUGCGCACCCAGCCACCCCGCUCCAACUUCAUCCAAAGGCACACUGAUGCUUACAUUGAUAAAAUGGUGGUUCCGCCACCUCCACAUCAGUCCCGGCUGUCCGAGAAGUCAAUAGGAAAUUUAAUAGUGCCUGCACCUGAUGCUUCUGGUUCAGCAAGGGCAAAAGAUAGAAUAUUAAGAAACAGUUCACCAGCCCAUAUUGAUGACCUGUUGAAAAGUGCUGAAGAGGUGACUGCCAUAUGCCAGAAGGAUGGAGUCUUAAAAAUGACAUCUGAAGAUGGGACUGUCACAAUGAAACCACUUUCUGACGCACAGAGAAUGAGAAAAGCCAUCAUGGAAUUGGUAGAGACAGAACGAGCUUAUGUCAAAGAUCUGAAAUGUUUGACUGAGCGCUACCUUGAGCCACUGAAAGAAGAAACAUUCCUUACUUCAGGAGAAAUCGAGCAGCUUUUUGGAAACAUUCAGGAAAUAGUUGCAUUUCAGCAGCGUUUCUUGCACAGUCUAGAGGAAGCUGUAGAAUCUGUACCUGAGUUUUUUACCACCAGUGAUGUCACAUGUUUUAAG